AUGGCGGUCGCUAUUUCCAAUGGUAUACGGUACUUUUAUGCACUACUGCCUUCUGAGCGACGACCAUCAGUUUUGCUGUUGGCUGUUGCUGUUGCUGUUGCUGGUGUUGUUGCUGUUGUUGAUGAUGAUAAUGAUGAUGAUGACGAUGAUGGUGAUAGUAAUAGUGGUCAUAGUGAUAGUGAUGAUGGUGAUGCUGCUUUCAAAUACUUUCACAUAAAUUCGUUUGCUUCAUAUUAA